AUGACAGCCAAUGGAUGCGGAGAAAUAGUGACCUCCCCCAAUCCCAUCAUUGUUUGUGCGGAAAAUAUUGUUAUAUCCUACCUACUUCGCAGUAUACCAUUACCCCCGUCACGCAAUCAUGCUGAAUUUUUGUCGGGGCUUAAAAGACGCUCUCCACUGCCUUUCGACACGGACCGCAAACUAGUCGGCACACUUGCUUUCAUUGCAUAUAUGAAAGACGACGUUGAACAUAUCCCAGCUAUAUGCCUAGAAGACGACCCUGCAUCAGGCUGCUUGAAGGUGAUAUUUGCUGUGAAUAAAGUGAGCUAUAACGAUGGUCAAGAUGCGAUUUGUCAUAUCCAGCAGGGACUAGAGCAUAUAUUCGCACUCCUGGCGACAGUUUCUGGGAACCAAAUCAUUACCGCUGUGGUUUCCAUGUGCUCGUCCCGCAUACUGUCUCGGUUGCGACUAGCCGUUUCUGCGAGAAACAAAACGAAACGCCCCUUUAAGGACACCCUCCGAGAAGCUCGCUUAGCUGUGAAGAUCGUUGGGAAGGAUAUAAAAACAGGGCGCUCGAGGGACGUCGAGAAACUUCUUGACUCGUGGUUCCAAUAUCAAGUUGACACACGUUUAGUAGGGGCUCAGAUCAUGGGACUCGCUGAUUUGAUUUGCAUCAUUCCAAAUAAGGACAUGAGCCCCUCCUUAAGACAGAGUUUGCUGAAUAUCAUAAACAAGGUCGCCAGGUAUUGGGAAGUCGCGAGGUUCCUAUACCGUACGGCGAAGAAAUUCCCGUUGGCUCGAGCGAUGAGAACAGCUCCUAUCGCCGGAGCUGCUCCGAGAGGCAGUCAACAGAAGCUUCUCAGAGAAAUUUGCGCAAUAUUGAAGAUCAACCAGCAGGAGCUUAUUAACAAGUACACUUCUCAGGUCAUGCGAACCUUGACUACAGCAAAAAUCCAUGCUGAGAUUCAGAUAAUUGCCCACUGCGAACUACAAAACCCGCGGAUAUUACCGCGAGUGAUCUGCUCGAGCAAGGAUGCCUGUUUUCUCUGCAACUUGUGUCUUCGGCUGUACCAGAAAAUAUACACCCCAAAAUGGCACGGAAGACUAUAUCCAGGCUGGAGGCUACCUUUCCUACCCCAACUAGCAGGGUUAGAGCAAGGUUUUUGCAAGGCUCUUGAGAAGCAUUACACAGAGACUUGUGGAACACUUCUGUCAACUCGCCGAGGAACCAUCUAUCCAGAUCCGAACGAGAGCACCUUGACUACUGCAAGGGCUUCAGUGGUAUCAAGGCCUCCUGGUCGUGUCGCUGAGUUACCAGGAUCAAGCCAUAGCGAGCCACGUACAGAGAAGACAGAUACUCUAACAAACGAUCCAACCCCAUCGCACCACUACGCGAAGUCAAUGGAGACGGAGUUAGACUGUUGCACACUAAUGCAAAGUUCAAGGACAUAUAGAUUUCUAACCCCAGGAGAGUCCUCGGAAGUGUACAAAGUUAGCUUCUCGCGCUCCCUGCAAAUACAGAUCAAGCAUGCUACAUGUAAUGACGAAGCCGCGGAAGUUCGAGAGAAAACCACUGCACUGCAGGUAAUUAAUACAGAGUAUCUUGAAAGUAUAGUCAUCUUACACAAGCAGAACACAUUAUAUCUUAUUAAAAGAAACACUGUAUUAAAGAUUAGCUGGUCUAGUAAGACGAAUAUCCAUCCGCAGGAGGCUCCUGAAUCAUAUUGA